CACAGAUUCCAGAACGAAUUCGCGAAGCUAAUAAGCAGAGUGCGCUAACCGCCUAAACUUCAAUUUUAUGAGCGCGUCUUGGAAGUAAUAACAAAGUGUUUUGAUUUGGUAAAAACAUACCAAAGUUGACCUUCAAAUCCUUCUAAUUGGAGCUCAAAUUUCACCAUCUUCAUCAUCCUAAAUAGGAGACUCUCUAGGACCACCAAGAAAUGUCUCCAAAUCCCAAACUAGAAGAAAUUGACGCGACCGCCGAAGAUUCAGAAGCCUCAACAGUCACAAUGGGCGAUGACAACUCCAAUGCUUCCUCAUACUUUGAUGCUACAAACAUUGAUACAAACCAUGAUAGCUUUAUAAUCAGUGAUAUUGAUGACAGCGACAUAGUGAACUCAAACGGUCACAAGGAUGAUGAAUCAAAAUCCCCUAUUGAGGUGCAAAAGAAUCCAAAAGUCAACGUGCUGGAUAUUUUCAACAAGUUUAAGCCAUCUAAAAUAAGGAAAGAAGCCGAAGAUUUGGUAGUAACAGAAGAGAAGCCGGUGAAUUCAGUUGAAGAGACUAUAGUUGAAGCCCCACCAGCUAAGAAAUCUGGGAUCACAGCAAAGGAUAUAUUAACUGGAAAACCUCCCCCAAAGCAGAGUAAAAAAGAAGAGAAGGGUGAUAUAGUACAUGUUUCCAGUGAUGAUGAAAGUGAACCGACAGUUGUGAAAGAAAUUAUCAAGUCAGGUAUCACAGCAAGAGAUAUUUUGACAGGUUCCAAAAAAUCAAAUACUGCUUCCUCAGUUCCACAAGAUGUUGAAACUAUUGAAGUCAUAUCGUCCGACGAAGAAUCAACAGCCCAAGCCACUAAAAAGCCAAAAAAGAAGAAAUCCAAAAAGUCAAAGCCUGCCAAAGAAACAAUGAUUAUUAAGCUGAAGUACAAACCUCGUCGUGAUAGAAUUGCUGAUUUAGAAAGUAAGAUAAGGAAUUCUAUGGCUUCUUCAGUUUCAGCAAAAGAUUUAUUCAAAAAAUUUGACAAAAAGCAAGAGAUGGUGGUGAAUCUGAGUAUCGCUCCAGAAAAGCUGAAAGAAUUUGAAAAAGUUGACAACUCGUUCUUCACUAAAGGAUCAUCCACUGUACCUGGUGCAAAAUCUUAUCUUGAUAUGUUGUCAUAUAAACCAGUUACGGUCAAAAAUUCAAUAUCCAAACUGAAGGAACUUCCGACUCCCACCCCAACUAAAGAUCAGCUUCAUGUUACGUAUGAUAGUGAUCCAAUCCAACACAGAGAAAUCUCACUUGAAAUGAAAAGUGAACGAAUUAUAGAGGAUAUAGAUUAUUCAUCAUUUGUCAACCCUCCAACAACCCAUAAACUCAGUGAGAUUGAUUAUUCCUUAAAAAUCAUUCAAGAUUAUGAUUUGGUUUCAAUUGCUAAAACAUUCGUGCCAGCUAUUGAAUCAGAUUAUAGAUACUCAAGGUUUCUUCAUAUGUUAUCUAAUCCAAAUGAACUAGAGAACACCACUAAUGACCUAUGGACCAAUUUUUUUAAACCAAAAACUUCAAAAGAGGUUUUGUUUGAUGUUAGAAAGACCAAGGCUAUGAGGCAAUGGCUCAAGAAUUCUUUCAAAAUAUUGAAGAAGAAGACUAAAAGACCAAACUUUAGGAAGCUUCGAAAAGGUGAUGUUGAUGAAUUUGACGAUUUUAUUACUGAUGAACUUGAUGAUGACACGGAAGACGAAGAAUACGUCCCUAUAAUGAUUUUAUGUGGUCCCGAAGGUGUUGGUAAAAGCAGUGCUGUGUACACUCUUGUUGAAGAACUUUCAGGUUAUGUUUAUGAAAUCAAUGCAAGUCAAGCUAGAGGACGGAAAGAUAUCAUGACCACGUUGAAAGAAUUGAGUACUACCCAGUUGGUUCAUCAAAACCAGGACACGAAGGAUAACGAAUUUCAAAAAGGUGUUAUUUUAUUUGAAGAUGUUGAUAUUUUAUUUGAGUCUGAUAGAGGGUUCUGGUCUGUCAUGGAACACGUCUUGUCAAUUUCAAGAAGACCAAUCAUUUUGACAUGUAAAGAUAUUAGCGUCAUUCCAUCUCAUAUUCUUGAGUGUGCAUUGAACGAAAAGACACUACACGAUAUACGAAAACAACCAUUAGAAGUUAUUUCAGAAUAUUUAUUUUUAAUGACCUUGACAAAAAAUGUUGAAAUUGACCGAGAGAUACUUGAACAGAUCAUCAAAGAUAACUCCAAUGAUUUGAGGAAAUGUAUUUGUGCUCUUCAGGUCUAUUGUGAAAUUGAUAACCCCCAUGGUGAUCUCAUUAAAAUAAGUCAUAAACCACUACCAUCACCUACUUCCAUAUUAGAAGAAACAGAUUUCAACAAAUUGAUUGGAGAAAUUGAUGCUUAUUCCGUCUCAGAUCUAUAUGAAAGAGCUUCAAAGUCGUUGGUGAAUCAUGAAUUAAUUGAGAAUGAGGUGCUUUCAAAUGAAGCCUUCGUCAACGAGGAAGAACUGAGGACCUCUCCUCUACCAUUUGAGCUCAAUAUCGGAAAAGAAAUCCAAAACUUAUUACCUCAAUACCCAUAUGAUGACAGUACAUUAUCUAUAGGGAAAAUCAAGGACUUGGAUAAGUCUUUUUUGAAAUCCAAACUAAAAUUUGUCAAAAGAAUUACAAGAAAUUCAGCCAUGUCUAUGUUUGACUUUGAUGAAAAUAUGGAUUCCAAAAACAUUUUUGCAUUACCAAACUCCACUUACACUACUGAUGUCUCACCAUUCUUUAGAGUUUUUUCAAGAGAAGAGCUAAGAACAGAUAUUUAUAAUUCUAAAGUUUUGAGAGAAACUGAAAAGUCAGCCGAAGAGUUAUUCAGAGAAGGAUUACUGAUAAAGAAAAAAUUCAAAGCACAAAGUGAUAUGCUGCUUCAAGGACCUUUUAGAUAUUGGAACGUUUAG